AGUGCCUGCCUUUCCAGAGUACAUUUUCCUACGGGGAAAACCGGUGGAAACCUCCCGUUUAGGCUGGGAUUUGUAGUCCAGCCUCAGCAGUUUGAAUGUGAUUUGAGUCUAACAAUCUGGGCCAGCCAUGCAGGACUUCUGGGGCGAUAUUGUCAAUCUGAGGACCACAAGAACAGCUCAGCCUGUAUUGGGUAAUGAUGACGAAGCCGUGGUUGACCUGGGGAAGACGAGUUCUACCAUCCACACCAACUUUGAGAAGGAGGAGCUGGAGAGCCACCGGGCGGUGUAUGUGGGCGUCCACGUUCCGCUGGGCCGAGAGAGCAAGCGACGCCACCGUCACCGCGGACACAAACACCACCGCAAGAGGAGGGACCGCAGCUCGGAGAGGGACGAAGGACGCGACUCGCCCACCUGCAACACGCCGUCUCAGCGGGUGCAGUUCAUCCUGGGGACGGAGGACGACGACGAGGAGCACAUCCCCCACGACCUGUUCACCGAGCUGGACGAGCUCUCCUUCAGGGAGGGACACGUCUACGAGUGGAAGGAGACGGCCAGGUGGCUGAAGUUCGAGGAGGACGUGGAGGACGGGGGCGAGCGCUGGAGCAAGCCCUACGUGGCCACGCUGUCCCUCCACAGCCUGUUCGAGCUGCGCAGCUGCAUCCUCAACGGCACCGUGCUGCUGGACAUGAGGGCCAGCUCCAUAGAAGAGAUUGCCGACAUGGUGAUCGACAGCAUGGUGGCGUCGGAGCAGCUGGAGGAGGAGCAGCGGGAGAAGGUGCGCGAGGCCAUGCUGAAGAGGCACCACCACCAGAACGAGAAGAAGCUCAGCAACCGCAUCCCGCUGGUGCGCUCCUUCGCCGACAUAGGCAAGAAACACUCGGACCCCUACCUGCUGGAGCGCAACGGUCUCCUGGCGUCCCCCCAGUCGGCCCCUGGCAACCUGGAAAGCAGCAAGCCCAGCGAGGCUCGCAUCAACGGGAGCAGCAGCCGGGAGAACAGCACGGUGGACUUCAGCAAGGUGGACAUGAACUUCAUGAAGAAGAUCCCAGCCGGGGCCGAGGCGUCCAACGUCCUGGUGGGGGAGGUGGACUUCCUGGAGAGGCCCAUCAUCGCCUUCAUCCGACUGGCCCCCGCCGUGCUCCUCACAGGCCUGACCGAGGUCCCUGUGCCCACCAGGUUCCUGUUCCUGUUGCUGGGGCCAAAUGGGAAGGGCCCCCAGUACCAUGAGAUAGGGCGCUCCAUCGCCACCCUGAUGACCGACGAGAUAUUCCACGAUGUGGCUUACAAGGCUAAAGACAGGAACGACCUCCUGUCGGGGAUCGACGAGUUCCUGGACCAGGUGACAGUCCUGCCCCCGGGGGAGUGGGACCCCACCAUCCGCAUCGAGCCCCCCAAGAGUGUCCCCUCACAGGAGAAGAGGAAAAUCCCCUCUCUCCCUAACGGUUCGGCCCACUCGUCUGACCUGGUCCAGAAAGAGGAGCACCAAGCAGGACCAGAGCUCCAGAGAACAGGGAGGAUGUUCGGGGGCCUGGUGCUGGACGUGAGGAGGAAGUGGCCGUUCUACUGGAGCGACAUCCGAGAGGCCCUGAGCCUGCAGUGCCUGGCCUCGGUGCUCUUCCUGUACUGCGCCUGCAUGUCCCCCGUCAUCACCUUCGGAGGCCUGCUGGGCGAGGCCACCAAGGGCAACAUAAGCGCCAUCGAGUCCCUGUUCGGCGCGUCCAUGACGGGCGUCGCCUUCUCCCUGUUCGCGGGCCAACCCCUCACCAUCCUGGGGAGCACCGGGCCCGUCCUCGUCUUCGAGAAGAUCCUCUUCAAGUUCUGCAGCGACUACGGGCUCUCCUACCUCUCCCUGCGCACCAGCAUCGGCCUGUGGACGGCCUUCCUGUGCCUGGUCCUGGUGGCCACGGACGCCAGCUCGCUGGUGUGCUACAUCACGCGCUUCACCGAGGAGGCGUUCGCCGCGCUCAUCUGCCUCAUCUUCAUCUACGAGGCGCUGGAGAAGCUCUUCAACCUGGGCGAGCUCUACCCCGUCAACAUGCACAACCACCUGGACAACCUCACCUUCUACACGUGUCAGUGUUCCCCUCCGGACAACAGUACAGCGGAGGUGGAGAGGGUUUGGAACAGCAGUGGGUUCCCCUCCCAGUCAUCUAUAUCCUGGGAAGAACUCGACGUCAAGGAGUGCUUGAGGCUCCAUGGUCAGUUUGUGGGCGCGGCCUGUGGGCACGAUGGCCCGUUCAUCCCCGACGUGCUCUUCUGGUCCGUCAUCCUCUUCUUCACCACCUUCUUCCUGUCCUCCUUCCUCAAGCAGUUCAAGACCAUGCGCUACUUCCCCACCAAGGUGCGCUCCUCCAUCAGUGACUUUGCCGUGUUCCUGACCAUCCUUAUCAUGGUCCUGGUCGACUACAUGGUGGGAGUUCCCUCACCCAAACUCCACGUCCCUGACCGCUUUGAGCCCACCUCCAAGAGCCGCGGCUGGUUGAUCAGCCCGCUGGGGGGCAACCCCUGGUGGACGAUGCUGGCUGCCGCGGUGCCCGCGCUGCUCUGCACCAUCCUCAUCUUCAUGGACCAGCAGAUCACCGCCGUCAUCAUCAACAGGAAGGAGCACAAACUCAAGAAAGGCUGUGGCUACCACCUGGACCUGCUGGUGGUGUCUGUGAUGCUGGGCGUGUGCUCCCUCAUGGGCCUGCCCUGGUUCGUGGCGGCCACCGUCCUCUCCAUCUCCCACGUCAACAGCCUGAAGCUGGAGUCGGAGUGCGCCGCCCCCGGGGAGCAGCCCAAGUUCCUGGGGAUCCGGGAACAGAGGGUCACGGGGUUCAUGAUCUUCCUGCUCAUGGGCUGCUCCGUGUUCAUGACGUCGGUGCUCAAGUUCAUCCCCAUGCCUGUGCUCUACGGGGUGUUUCUCUACAUGGGCGUGUCUUCCCUCAAAGGCAUCCAGUUCUUUGACCGUAUCAAGCUGUUUGGGAUGCCAGCCAAGCACCAGCCGGACCUUAUCUACCUGCGCUACGUGCCCCUGUGGAAGGUCCACGUGUUCACCCUGGUCCAGCUCACAUGCCUGGUGCUGCUCUGGGUCAUCAAGGCCUCCGCCGCCGCUGUCGUCUUCCCCAUGAUGGUCCUGGCCUUGGUGUUCAUUCGGAAGCUGCUCGACUUCUGCUUCACCAACAGGGAGCUGAGCUGGCUGGACGACCUGAUGCCAGAGAGCAAGAAGAAGAAGGAGGAUGACAAGAACAAGAAGGCCAAGGAGGAGGCCCAGCGCUUGCUUGAGGAGAACUUGAAAUUGAAACACUCGUACAGAGACGACGUCCUCAAGAUCCCUGUGAAAGGGCUCAAAGUCAGUUUGGAUCCAUCUGUGGUAAACAUUUCUGAUGAAAUGGCCAAAACUGCUAUGUGGAAAGCUGUUGCCAUGAACUCUGACAGUGCCAAAGCUCUGAAACCCAGCGCAAGCCAGGAGAAGGUGUCCUGUGUGAAGAUCAACCUGGAAGGAGAGCAUGGGGACAAGGUUGUGGAUGUGGAAACAUCUUUAUGAGCUGCCUUAAACCCUCUUGUACACCAGGGGGCGUUGAUAUGCUGCUUCUACCCCUCCUCCACACCAGGGGGGGCUGUCAGGCAGCCUGUCCCCCUCCCCUACACCAGGGGGGGCUGUCAGGCUGCCUGUCCCCCUCCCUUACACCAGGGGGGGCUGUUUCCUCAGCAGCUGCUGCCAUGCCAAAGCCAAGUAGGCAGGUUGGAGGACACCAUGCACUUAGCCAGCUGAAUUGUUUUCUUAAAGUUAGUCUGCAAAAGAUUAAUUUUUCUGUUUUAUAUCAUCGUUUUAUGGUGAAAAAACUCUUCUUUUCAGGUGUAUAUCUUAUUAGUAUUAGUAUUAUUAUCUCAGUAAAUUAUUUGUUGGUUUUGAAAUGUUUCUUUCCCUUCUUUCUCCUGGAUCCUGGUUCAAAUGAAUCUCCAGUUGUACUGAUGACAUGCCCAGAGACUACUAUACAUAUAGUAGGUGUUUCUGUGUACUGGACAACAUUAAAUGAAUGCUCUGUGUUUUUAUAGUGCAAAAGGUACAUAAACUAAAUCCAAGCUGUGCUGUUUCAACACCUGAAUGAAUAUUUGGUUGUUUUAUUCUCAUUCUUUAAAAAUGCUAUCAAGCUUGGCUAUAAAUGGUCCGAGCACAUUUCUGACAUGUUGAUUUCGGUGGUGUUGAGGAUGAAUGAUGGUGGGAGAGGGUUACCGUCGGGGUGUACAUCUCACACAGAUGUAGUUUGCCGUUCAGUAGGACUGAAGCCUUUCUCACUCACAGCUUUCAUGAUAUGAAUAAAACUGCAUUUUUAUGUUGAACGACAUCAAGCACCUUAGAUAUAGACUCAGUGUGACUGUGUAUCAAUGUUCACAAAUACAACUUACUAUUUCCCUGUUUUUAUAUUGUAAAAUCCUUAUUAGCAGGUGGGAUUUCUUGCUGUGAUGGCAAGCUUGCCUAGAAGACAUCUGUCAUCGACAACACUAUAAUCCUUACUGAUUCAGGGUUAGCAUGGUCUCAUUAUAGUUAUCUUAUAUAAAAGUUAUUUAUCCAUUUAUCCAUAUCCAUCCAUUUAUACAUCUGAAUCCAAACAGAGUUGGCGUGAAACUACUGUUAAGAUUAUUUAACAGUUCUUUAAAUUGUUUCAAAUGCUUGCAACUUCAGUUAGCUUCCCUUUUUCAUCAACAUUAUUUUAUUUCAUUUUUUCUCAUUAAAUAAAUUGUAACUAACAUAGGAAAUAUGUCAGUAUAGUAAUACUUUAUAUUCCCACCUACUCACUUGGGAGGCCAGAUUCAUCAGAGUAAUGUUAGUCUUCAAACAGGCUUUGAAGAAUAAGGAUUUGUUGUCUGGUAUUGCCUUGAUUCAAGUAGGGCAGUAUGCUUAUUAGGCCUAACCUGAUUGGUGGGGCUGUAUGGUAAUUAUGUCUUACCUGAUUGGUAGCCUCUGCUGAUUGGUCAUUUACGGUUUACAUGCAAUGGGAUAUUUACAGAUGGCUAAUGCGCCGAUUAUUAUGUUUUAUUGUCUUCAUCGCUAUUGUUAUUGUUACAGUAUGUAAAGCAUUUUAAUUUAUUUUAAGUGGGUCAUUUAGUAGAACUAGUUCAGGUGCCAGGAAGAGAUGGCAGGGAUGUAGUGGAUGGCUGUGUCCUGUUAUGUAUAUCUGUGCACUUAAGGUGCACAUGUCAUUGAGAGAUAGGGCAAACUAGAUGUAUCUUUUGAUCUAAGUAGAUAUUCUUUUAUGAGACUCAGGAACCAGUGGGGCCUAUUGAGGUCCUUAUCUAUACCUUUCCUGCACCUUCAUCUCUGCUCUCUCGUAACCUUACAUAUGUACUCUGGUCAUCAUGUUUUCUUCCUCCCCUCCCCUCAUAGUUUGAGGGGUUGUUCCGAUGUUACACUGGAAAAGACUGUGAUGGUUUCUUUUCUGUUUUGUUUUAUGAAUAAUGUCUUUUGUUUUGAAUGACUGUUUUGUAAAGGUUUUGAAUCAUUUAUUUAGUAUUUUUGUCCCAGAUGUUUGAAGUGCAAAUGUAUGCCAAUCAUUCAACUUUUUACUUCAUACUUAAAUAUAAUUGUACAAUCUUAUGCUGUAGUUAAUUCUUAUAUGAAUGCUCUUUUUAUGGUAGUAGUUCAACUACUUCUUGCAAGAGUGGAACAGCAAUCAGCAAUGCUGAGAUUGUAAGAUAAUUAGGAUCAUAAAUAUUUCAGUUAAUAGUUCAUGCCUUAUCAGUACUCGAUCCCUUAUCAGUAAUUGAUCUAUUCUAUCAGAGGAGGAAACCCAUCUCAAAUAACAAAUUAUUUUACAGUUACUGGUCACUCAAGGACAGUUAUGGUAAAAAAUACAGGAGGUCUAUAUUAUUUUUGAACUACUGUUUUUAAAUAAUCAUUAUUCUUUUCUUUUUUUUUACUUUUUGUAGUGCCUUGGUGUGUAUAAGUGUAAUAGCGCUAUACUUCCAAGUAGGAAAAGUACUGUCUGGGACUUCAAACUACCAUGUGUCUUUUCUGUCUUCCCUACCCUGCCACUGAAGAACACAUUAUCAAAGUAGUGCUCCAGUACUGUUAUGUGAAGCAGCCAAGAUGCAGGGUAGGAUUCAUAUUGACACCUGUCAGUCCCACCAGGCAGAUCUGGGCCGACCUGUUAAAGGAAGUCUCUUAAACGUAGUGAUCGGUGGCAUCUCAACUAUUUUGACAACUUUGGGAGGUGAUGAAAUGAUAAAUGCAAAAACUUAUGUCAAUGAAAUUGUGAAGUAAAGCAAUAAAGAGCAUGUCAAAGUGUA